AUGGAUCAUGUUUCGGUAGCGGUAAACAAUUUUGACGAAAGUAUAAAAUUUUAUGAUGCUACUUUAAGCAAGCUUGGUUAUGAACGUAUUAUGACAUUUGGCAAACAUGCAGCAGGUUAUGGCAAAGAAAAAAAACCUUCUUUUUGGCUUGUUACUGGUGGUAAUGAAGAAUAUACCAUAGGUAAAGCCCGCGGUUUACAUAUUGCUUUUUUAGCUUCCUCUGCUGAAGAUAUUCAAGCUUGGUACGAUGCUUGCUU